AUGGCACAGCUGAGGUGUGAGCGCUGGGAAUUUACACCGAAGAGAGUGGCUGGUGUCCGUGAAGAUGUCUUUUUGAUCUGGAAGGAGUUGGAGGAAGCUAGGAGUACAGUGGGACAGGUUCAGAAAAUUUUGUCAGAAUCUGACCAGCCAGCUCCUCGAGAUGCAACCAAAUCUGAUCAUCCAUUAAAAAAGCAUACAUCUGACAAAAAUUUGUCUGCUGAGAAGUGGCUGCAGAAGUAUGGCUUGAAAGCUCAGAAGCUCACACUAUAUGAUGCACUUGCCGAUUGUACUUUUCGCCAUGUGGAUGGGAUUGUUGACAUAAAAACUAAACCAGAGAAUGAAUCUUCGCAAACUGAUGCUGAGACAAAGAAGAAGGUAAUUCAUGCAAAAUACUGCAACAAGUUUGUACAUACCUUCUGGAAAGAUGGAUCUGUAGUUCACGUAUAUGUUAGUACAGAAAAGUAUAAGCAGUACGAAGAGAAAAUGAGGAUGGCUCUCAGACAAGUGGAAGGAAGGAUUAAGUGGCUUCAACAAGGAAGCAGAGGGCUUUUUGGGAAUGUGUUUGAAGAUGGUGUCUAUAUUCUUAUUGAUACAUCCCAGUCUAUGAAGGACAAGCUACCACUGGUGAAGGAGAAAAUAUUUCAGCUCAUACAGGAACAAUUGAGACACAAAAAGAGAUUUAACUUUGUGAAAUUUAGUGCCCAAGCAGAGGCGUGGCGAGAGAAGCUUGCUGAAGUUAAUGAGGAAAAUUUGCAAGACGCUUGGCUUUGGAUAAAAGAGCUUGAGGUUGGAAGUUCCACAAAUACACUCAAAGCUCUCCAGAUGGCUCUUACUGAUACUGACGCUCAGGCUAUUUACCUCUUAACUGAUGGGAGACCUGACCAGCCUCCCCAAAUAAUUUUGGCUCAAGUCCAGCUUCACUGUAAAAUUCCCAUCCAUACUGUAUCCUUUAAUUGUGAUGAUUUAGAAGCUAAUAAAUUUUUGUAUGAACUAUCUACCAAAACAGAGGGACGGUUUCAUUAUUACAACAUUUAUUCAACUGAUCCUGAUGCUGCGGAGUUUAUUGUUAAUGAAGACAUACGUCUUUUGAAAAGAGAGAUUGAACAAGGAGAAACAGACCUAGAGAAAGUGAAGACCUUUCAUGCCAAAUGUCUGAUGAUGGAUUGUUAUAAUGGGGAAAAUGAUCUAGAGAAUAAUAGCCACAAGCAGACACAUACUGAGUCUUCUGUAACCGAACACGUUGAGGAGCUGGGUACUACUCUUAGCAGCAGGCUGUGCUGUGCUUCAGAAGAGCCAGCACUGACACGACAUCAGCAAACCCAGCAAACCACUGCUGACAGUCCAGCCCAAAGGAAGAAAGCAUUGUUUGCAGAGCAAACAAAGACGAGCCUGCUGCGAAUCCUGAGCCACAGCGUGAAAUCUCGGGAAGAAAGCUCAGAGGAUGGAACAUCUCCUGAAAAAAAGAGUUGUUCUAUCAAAAAGAGCGUGAAAUGUACAACCACUUUCAAAGGCAAGUUGGCAGAACAGGAAGCUCUGGAUCUGAAAAUGCAGAAAGCUGUGAAAAGGACAUCUAAAAGUUCUUUAGAUAUCCCUUCGGCUGUUUGGUUAAAGACUCAUGGCUUGGUUGCUAGGCGACUCACCAUCAUGGAUGCCUUAGCUCCUACAGCUAUCCCUCAUGGUACCAAAUACAUCCCAGUUCUGGACAAGCAUGUAGUUUCUAAAGUAUUUGAUGAGAUGUUGCCAUUGGCCCAUGUUAGCAACGACAAGAAGCGGAUCACGCUAAUUAAUCCUCAGGCAGUGAAUCUUGAUGCCUAUAAAGAGAAGCUGGAAGAAGCGAUCAAGUCCUAUGAAAGGCGCCUAAACCUAAUUAUUUGGAGAGCACUAUCUCAGGAGGAAAGAGACAAAUUUAAAAAGGAUGGGCCAGUCCAAUACAUGCAGCAUAAAGAAGCUUUGCUGGAGGCUUUAGAGAAUUUGGGAUGGCCAAUUUCCUAUGAAGAUGUAAUAUUAUUAGAAGAUGAGAUACUGGCAGCAUUAACGUAUGCACAACAAGCCUCUGAUCUUCAGGAAGCUGUCAAAAAGGAAACUGAGAAAAGCUCAGAAUCACACAUAAGCAACAAUAAAAAGAGACUUGAAGAAGAAAUUGGGAAGUCAAAGUCUAAAAAAAGACAAAAAGGCCUCACGAAAGGGACUCACAAAAGGCAAAAGGUGAUUGCAAGAUCAGACAUCACAGGAUUUUAUUAUCCAGGAACUGUGAUAAAGAAUAUCAGUUCUACCUGUGCAGUAGUUGACUUCAGCAAUGGGGAGACCUGGACUGUACCUGUGAAGUUCACUCUACCUGUGGGAGGUGCAAUGCCAUGCCCACUUCUGCAGGCUGGAGACCAUGUGUUUGCCAGAACUGGGACACAGACAGCAAACGAAUAUUAUGCACCUGCCAUUGUCAUAGCAACACCACAGAGGGCGCAAACGGGUGACAAACUCUACACAGUUCUGAUGUUCAACAAUAGGAAAGAGCACUGUGUUAGAAGCGAGCUUAUUAAAAUCAGCCAAACGAAGUAUGUGUUUUCUUGUCAGUACAUAAGAAUGGUGCAGAUGGUGGAUUAUACGAUCCUGGACAGAGAGAACACAAAGCCCUAUCCACGCUCAUCUGUGGAAGAUGAAGGAGGAGAAGAAGCAAAGAAAAGUAUUGUGAAAGAAGAUAGAGGAAAAAAGAAAAAGAAGAGGAGAGCAGAAGACAAAAGAUAUUCCAGGGAGAGGAUGUCAGACUCUGAUGAUCUUUUGCUUGUCUCCAGAAGGGAAGUAAAACAGAGAGGAAGAAAUUCACUGCCUAGCAAUGAAGAAGAUUUCGAAGCAUCUUCAUUCUACGUUUCAUCAUCCUGGCAUUCAUCAAGGUGUCGAACUCUGCAGUCACUGAGUGCUUCAAAUGCCAGCUCACUAAACCAUCCCUGUUGCUUGCACAGUCCUGCUGUAGAAAAAUCUCCAGAGCCUGGUAAAAGCAACAUCACCAGAAUUAGUAGAGUCAAUAUGGAGCAGCAAGGAUUGGAAAGACACCGCUGCACAGAGCAAAGGAAGCCACGUUAA